AUGGAAGGAGCGACAGUGGCUGUGAUGGGUGUGCCAGAGAGCUUGGCCUAUGCUGAAAUUGCGGGGCUCCCUCACGUGCCCUGGUGGUAUGCCUUGGUGAUGCCUCAGCUGGUCUAUUCAUUCUUGGGCAUGUCAAGAAAGUUGAUGGUUGGCCCUGUGGCUAUGAUAUCGCUUUUGCUGCAAGAGGGUCUUGAGGGUAGUAUGGAUCAAUAUCAAUGUCCUCUUUGGCACAAUCAGACCCACAGCGAGGUGGAAAGACAGCGACAUGUUUGCCAGGAGAAGUACGUAGAUCUUGCCAUUUUGCAAUCACUCUUGUGCGGCUGCUUUUUGACGCUCUUUUGCGUACUUCAGCUUGGUUUUCUGCUGAAAUUCUUGGGGCACCCAGUUAUCAGUGGAUUCUCAAGUGGUUCAGCAAUUGUGAUUAUGUUGCACCAGCUGAAGAACUUCGUGGGAUAUGAAGUGGCAAGCUCGGAAUUUCCGAUCUUGAAGAUGUGGGCCUAUGCUUCGAAAGCGAGCGAAGUUCAGCCAAUGAUUGGAGAUCAUUGGAGACAUACCGGGAGGAUCUCUGCCUUCCUCCCUUCCGGUAUUCUCAAGAUGGACUUGGCAAGAUGUGAGAGGAAGUUUACCGCUCUCGGCUACUAUUGCCCUUAUAGGUCUGUGGGUAUCUCCCACGUUCGAAUGAGGCUUCUGGAAGUUUCUCGCGAAGUGCUGUUUGCAGCAGUAGUGGCGGAACGGCGCAAAGUCUUGGCUUUCCUCGCAGCUCUAGCGGUUCACAUCUUUGCGGAGACCUUUGUGCAGUUCAAGGACACGACAUCCACAACAUCCGCUCUUCGAGGACAGGUGCAAAGCAAGGCCACUGAGGCCACUGAUUCAGAGACUUUUCCGAAGUCGCCCAUGCCGAUGGCGAAGGUCACGGGGACAGAUGCGGAAGUAGACCCAUCGAACCCAUCGAAUACAGACACAAAGCCUUUGUCGUAUUACGCAGGAAUGUUGACCAACCCUCCUAGUGAAGAAGAUUCUGAGAAGGACAUGAUCACUCCAACGCUGAAAUUUAUUGGGUAUGGAGCUGUUUUUGGUUUUGCUUAUUUGGCUUUGUUCAUCGGACUGAACUCUGAAGGUGCUUUUCUACUACCUCCCCAAAUUUGUGCUGGCCGCAAUUGUCGUGAGCCUGAAACUCUGAGCGGGAAGCAGCUCAGUGUCGAAACUGAUUGCUUGCGAUGUGGCACGCAGCUUGUUCCACGUGAAAAAGAGCGACUUUGCGAUGUGGAUGGCAGCCUUCAUCGGAACACUUUGCUUGGGACCUUUACUGGGUAUUGGCGUGGCGGUGCUGCUUCACGGCUAUGCAUUUGA